CCACUUCGCCGCCUCCGCUUCGUCUAGUGCCGCCUGCUUUUUCCACGAGCUGGGGUUUUAGCGGCGCGGAGAGGAGGGGCAAGAGGGAGAGAGAGAGGAGGACGACGGGGAAGGGAAGAUGAGCCGGAGUCUGGGAAUCCCGGUGAAGCUGCUCCACGAGGCGGCGGGGCACGUGGUGACGGUGGAGCUCAAGACCGGUGAGGUGUACCGGGGGUCCAUGGUCGAGUGCGAGGACAACUGGAACUGCCAGCUCGAGAACAUCACCUUCACCGCCAAGGAUGGGAAGGUGUCGCAGCUGGAGCACGUCUUCAUCAGAGGAAGCAGAGUAAGAUUUAUGAUUAUACCAGACAUGCUCAAGAACGCUCCUAUGUUCAAGCGUUUGGAAGCGAGGAUUAGGGGCAAAGGAUCAGCUGUUGGAGUUGGCCGUGGUCGUGCGGUCGCAAUGCGUGCUCGGGCUGCUGCUGGCCGUGGUGGUGGUCCAGUCGGGCGAGGUGGUGCACCUCCGGUGAGGAGGUAGAUUUCUUCAUGGCAUCGCGCAGCUUUGUGGCUGAGGUUGCUGUAUUCGGUAUCAGUAGUUAAAAAUUGCCUAUGUGCCUCCUGUAUGAUCUAUCGCUCAAGGAACGGAUGUGGCUUGUUGUUAGUGCCUGUUUGAUGGGUUAACGGUGGACAGAGAUGGUAGCUUGAAAUACAAUCUGUUCGUCACCCUGUUUGAAUGAAUGGACCAAUAUGUUUGUUUAUCCCGUGAAGGAAUUAGCUUCUGUUUU